AUGGACCAGGAAAAUAAAACCCAGACAUGGGUGAGUGAGUUCAUUCUGCUGGGUUUGUCCAAUGACCCAAAGACUCAAGUUUUCUUCUUUGUCCUGGUCCUGACCAUGUACUUGGUGACUCUUGUGGGAAAUGCCCUCAUUCUUCUUCUGAUCAGUCUGGACAACAGGCUUCAUAACCCCAUGUACUUCUUCCUUGGUGUUUUAUCUUUUGUGGACCUUUGUUAUGCAAACAGUUUUGCCCCACAAAUGCUAGCCCACAUGCUCUCAGUCCAGAAGUCCAUCCCGUUCUAUAGCUGUGUGUUUCAGCUCUACCUCUCCCUAGGAUUGGGUGGAUCUGAGUACUUCCUGCUGGGAGCCAUGGCCUAUGACCGCUAUGUGGCAGUGUGCCAUCCGCUGCACUACACGGUCAUCAUGCAUGAAGGGCUGUGCAUGGGGCUCGCUGCUGGCUGCUUGGUGGCUGGUUUCACAAAUUCGCUAAUGGAAACAAUCAUUACCUUCCGGCUUCCCCUGUGUCACAAUGUUAUUAAUCACUUUGCCUGUGAGACCCUCGCAGUGGUAAGGUUAGCCUGUGUGGACAUCUCCUUCAACAUGGUCAUGAUGGCCAUCUCAGGAUUUCUGGUGAUCAUGCUUCCCUGUUCCCUUGUUCUGUUCUCCUAUGGUUGUAUAGUUACUGCCAUUCUGCAAAUUCAUUCUGCUCAGGGACGUAGCAAAGCCUUUGGGACUUGUGCCUCCCACCUCAUUGUGGUUUGCAUGUGCUUUGGGGCUACCAUCUUCACCUACCUAGUUCCACGGUCAGCCUCCUCCAUGGAAGUGGAGAAAAUUGUCACUCUAUUCUAUGCUCUGGUGGCACCUAUGUUGAACCCCUUGAUCUACAGCUUGAGGAAUAAGGAAGUUAUGGCUGCUUUUCAAAAGUUUCUAGAGAAUUUCAGAGAUAAAGAGUAAAGACUAUAAGAACUUCCUAUUAUCUAUAAUCGAAACCAAAAAGGAGAUGGGCUGGAGGUAUACAGGACUCCCACAUAUGGCCUUGCAUUUGGGUAAAGCAUCCCUCUAUCUGAUUAAUGAAUUUCCUCAUAUAGGCCAAUGCAAGAU